AUGGCUAGUCCAUGGAUACCGCAAAUUCUACGACCUGACUUUACAUGGCCACGGCCAAUACUCCUUCGCAUAUCCGAAAUAACUCCUCCGGUUCCUCAUAUACCUGGGAGGACUAUCAGACUCGCCUGGGGCAUCAUUCAUAAAGGCCUUUGCCGCUUUUCUCGGUGGUAUUGUCGCUGGUUCAAUAUCCCAUUUGACCACAACAUUGUGCAGCUGCCGUUUGGUUUGGUGAUGAAAUGGACAGAUCGGACAAGCCUUGAGGAGGUUGCAGCGAUGCAGAUGGUAGCGGCUGCUGGAGUACCAGUUCCCAAGUUCCUUUGCUGUGGCGAGCAUCCGAAUCACCCGUAUAAUAGGACAUUUUCGAUUCUGAUGACGAGACUCCCUGGUAUAACCCUGGAAAAUUCAGAUGAUCCAUUGCAAGUUGAAGGAGAGGAUCCAUGGCUUGAGGAAUUAAAGACAUGUGUGCAUGCAAUGCGUCAAUGGAGCCCCCCUGCUAAGUUGUAUACGGGUUCAGUGAUUGGGACUCCCCUUCGAAGCCAGCGUGUUCCACGCCAUAUCAUGGGGCCUUUCUCAACUGAAAAAGGUUUAUAUGACUACCUCUUUUCUGCCGCUUCAGCACAUGGUUUUGCCUCAAAUGAUGAGUUCCAAAAGACGUUAGUGAAAGCAAGGAAGAUUUACGAAAGGCCGCACCGGAUUGUGUUCACCCACGGGGACUUCAAGGCUCAUAAUAUUCUGAUUGACCAUGACGGACACCUAUCAGGGUUCCUGGAUUGGGAGUCUGCUGGCUGGUACCCUGAAUAUUGGGAAUUCACAACUGCAAUGAGAUUUGGGCGGAACAGUUGGUGGUAUCAAGUCGCAUCUUGGAUGGGAGGGGAUCAGUAUUCUCAAGAACUCUCUUCAGACGUUGCCUUGAAUUUAUUGACUGUUGACUCGUAUAUAGGUAUGUAA